UCAACAUUGAAAUGUCUUACAGUUACUACCUCCUGUCAGUUAGUAGUAACUGGGUACCCUAUUAUGUGCCUACUACACAUAUCGUGCCCUUCUCUCUUUCUUAACACCCAGAUCCUUGAAUGUUUGAUUGCAACUUGCCAAGUGAAAACCCUCCGCAAUUUAACUAUACUGUGUAUUUACACGUGCGGAAUAACACCGAACCCCUCAAUGACGAUCCAAUAAGCGUAACGGACUUACACACGUUUGGAGGCUCGAAUCCAAGCCUCUACAGACAUGAUCUAGCAGGUUUUACCACCCUAUCAAGGUAUAUCGACCUAUAACCAGUCGGAAGCUUUUCUCGUGCUAUUAUUUCAGUUGUAGCCAAUCACCUUUUUAUCAUUACUACCUGGGUAUACUAUCGCCUAUCUUCGCACUACGUUCAAUAAACAACAUUAGGUAGUAUAGCUAUCUAGUAAACAAGAUUGCGACUCGUCCCGAGAUGGUUUGUAGGUUCUUCGAGGCCGCUAUAUAUAUCCCAUUCAAGUGACGGCAAAGCAUACCACGAUUCAUUCGCGACAUACUUCACCAUGGUUCGUAGUAUUUGCUACUUGUCUUUCGUUAGCACCGCCUUGGCUGCCUUCACCGACAAUCUCAAUUACCUUUCUCCUUCGAAACGUCAUGCCUCCUUAGGUAUAUCGAUCAGUAAGGUGGCCAAGAGGACUUACACGAACGCCCCUUGGAACCCAAAUCAACUGAACUUCACUCAUGGAAUUGCUUCUGGAGACCCCUAUGAGGAUAGUGUUAUCCUAUGGACUAGGGUAGCACCUACGAGUGAUAAUGACAAGAGCAAUGUGACUGUUUCGGGCUACGUCAACCUCUAUGACCACUCGACCGACCAAUUCGUGGCGAAGAGCGACUCGCCGGUUUGUGUUAACUGGAAGAUCAGUACCACAGACGCGUUCAAAAACAUUAUUGACUCUGGAACUGCUUACACCAGUUCUGAUGUUGACUAUACAGUCAAGGUUGAGGCCAAGAAAUUGAAGCCACUGACUACAUACUAUUAUCAAUUUAAUGUGUGUAAUUCGAAUAAUACAUCACCUAUCGGCCGCACCAAGACAAUUCCAUCUGAAAAUGAGGAGGUGUCUGACCCGAUAAAACUUGCCGUAUAUUCCUGUAGCAAUUACCCGUUUGGUUUCUUUAACGCGUACGGAAAUCCUGUUCGGAAAGAUUCUGUUGAUUUUGUCAUCCACUUAGGAGAUUACAUAUACGAAUAUGCCAAUGGAGAGUAUGGGUGGGGCGAUGCUUACGACCGGAUCCCGCUUCCAAACCGGGAGAUAUUCACUCUAUACGACUUCCGGAAGCGAAUUGCGACUUACAGAACCGAUCAAGACCUACUCGCUAGUCACCAGGCCUUCCCCUGGAUUCCUGUAUGGGACGAUCACGAGGUUGGCGAUAAUACCUGGCGCGAUGGUUCUGCGCAUAUGAACAAUACCGAGGAGACUUUCAUAGCAGAUGGCGGCGUGUCAGUCGACCAGCGUAAAAUGAAUGCCGUGCGUGCUUACUUUGAAUGGAUGCCUAUUCGACAAGUAGACAUGGAUGAUAAUCUACGAAUUUGGCGUAACUUCAAAUUUGGCAACUUAUUCGACCUCAUCAUGCUCGAUACCCGCCAAUAUGACCGGUCCAUUACUGAUCUGUAUUGGAAUACCGAGUACCUAGGGGAAAUUUACAAUGACGCCAGCCGAAGCCUCAUGGGGCCACGACAAGAGGCUUGGUUUUAUCGUACCUUGAAGGAAAGUUCUACUCGAGAUGCUACAUGGCGCAUCAUUGGCAAUCAAAUAAUCUUUAGUCGAAUGGAUCUAGGUGCCGCUGUUGGUGGAGGCCAGCUGCUCAACUACGAUCAAUGGGACGGAUAUCAGGCGAACCGUAAUCGUACAUUCAACACCAUAUAUGAAAACAAGGUGCACAACAAUAUAUUUUUGGCCGGAGACUCUCACGCAUCCUGGGUAUCUGAUCUCGUCUGGCUCGACGAGCACCCGUACGACCCAGCCACUGGAUCCGGAUCCGUGGGUGUCGAAUUUGCUGGAUCAGCUGUCAGCUCUCCAUCACCAGCCGGUCAAAACAUCACUCUGAAUGCUGCUUUGCAGUUUUCUAAUUUGCUCACAUCCGGAAACUCUGAGCUACAAUGGCAGGACGUAUACUACCGUGGUUACUUCGAGUUGACCAUUAGCCACGAGAAGGUAGACGCCGCUUUCUUCGGAAUCCCCACCACUACCGUCCGUAAUGGGUACGAGAUCCCAUUGGCCAACUUCACGGUUGUUGCUGGCGAGAAUAAAUUACAUCGAACGGAAGGCUCACCCGCUGCUGGGGCGGUACAGGCUGGUAGUAUCAAAGGUGGCAAAUCAUCAUUUGCUAACUUGACGCAUGAUACAGAGACCGGGAAAUGGUUCACUUACACUGGGCCCUGAGUCUAUCGUGGAAGGUUUGUCGGUUCUUUAAACUGAUUCUCGGCUUAAACGAAACUCGUACAAAACUCAGUAAUGUAAUAUGCCCAGUCCUAGUGAUUUAAUACAUAAUACCACAUUGUUCACAAAGUGUGCUUGGGAACUAUUUUCCCAGCAUGUCAAAGACCUCGAAGCAGCUAUUGUGAAUAUAGAUAGCUGUUUACAUUUGUCUUUUUUGCUUUUUAGAUAUUAAUAUAGUUAUAU